UAUCUCUAUGUCCCCUUCUGAGGAGGGAAUGGUCUGUCCUGGGAGGGCGUAGGACCUGCCUCCAUGUGAACGCGGCGGUGUCUCAUGAACCUCGGGCAGCUGGGGGCGGAGCCCGCCUUGGUCUCUUCUGAUUGGUUCUGGAUGGAAUUACGUUGAAUGGACCAGAAUCUUAGCGGGCUGGACUGCUUGUCAGAGCCAGAUGAAAAAAGGUGGCCGGAUGGGAAGCGAAAAAGAAAGAAUAGCCAAUGUAUGGGAAAAAGCGGUAUGUCAGGUGACCGUUCGGUGUCUCUGCUCUCUGCAGGGUACAUCCCUAGCUACCUGGACAAAGAUGAGCCGUGCGUGGUGUGCAGUGAUAAGGCCACAGGGUACCACUACCGAUGUAUUACCUGUGAGGGCUGCAAGGGCUUCUUUCGAAGAACUAUCCAGAAGAACCUGCACCCCUCCUACUCCUGCAAGUACGAUGGUUGUUGUAUCAUUGACAAGAUCACCCGGAAUCAGUGUCAGCUUUGCCGCUUUAAGAAAUGUAUCGCUGUGGGCAUGGCAAUGGACCUUGUCCUGGAUGAUUCCAAGCGGGUAGCCAAGCGGAAGCUGAUUGAGGAGAAUCGGGAACGGCGUCGGAAGGAGGAGAUGAUCAAGACUCUGCAGCAGCGUCCUGAGCCAAGCAGCGAGGAAUGGGAGCUGAUCCGCAUAGUGACAGAAGCUCACCGAAGCACCAAUGCACAGGGCAGCCACUGGAAGCAGCGCAGGAAGUUCUUGCCUGAAGAUAUAGGACAGAAUCCAAUGGCAUCCAUGGCAGACAAUGAUAAAGUUGACCUGGAAGCAUUCAGUGAGUUCACCAAAAUAAUCACGCCUGCGAUCACACGAGUGGUGGACUUUGCUAAGAAGCUGCCCAUGUUCUCAGAGCUACCCUGUGAAGACCAGAUCAUCCUGUUGAAAGGAUGCUGUAUGGAGAUCAUGUCUCUCCGAGCUGCUGUGCGUUAUGAUCCAGACAGUGAGACUCUGACACUGAGCGGUGAGAUGGCAGUGAAGCGAGAACAACUAAAGAAUGGUGGACUUGGGGUGGUCUCAGAUGCUAUAUUUGACUUAGGAAGAUCUUUGUCUGCAUUUAAUUUGGAUGACACGGAAGUGGCUCUGCUGCAGGCUGUCCUGCUCAUGUCCUCAGACCGGACAGGUUUGAUCUGCACGGAUAAGAUCGAGAAAUGUCAGGAGACUUACCUCCUCGCCUUCGAACACUACAUCAAUCACCGCAAACACAACAUUCCCCACUUCUGGCCCAAGCUCCUCAUGAAAGUGACUGACUUGCGUAUGAUUGGAGCAUGCCACGCCAGUCGCUUCCUGCACAUGAAGGUUGAGUGCCCCACAGAGCUCUUCCCACCGCUCUUCCUUGAGGUGUUCGAGGACCAGGAAGUCUAAGGGGCAGUGGAGGGGGGUAGAGAGGAAAGGGAAUUGCUUGGCUCUAUUCCAGCAUGCCAUCCCUUACAAGGCUCUCAUGUCCUGGGAAGGAUUGAAGGGAGUGGCUGGAUUGGUCCUUCUGAAAUUGAUGAUGCCAUUAAAAGCCGGCACAAGCCAGAAUGGAAGCUCCCAAUCUUGGCGUAAUUGUACAUCAGAUCAACAGUUCUUCAGCCAUACUCUUGGCUCAACACGAAGGAAAGAGUAUUAGAGUCGCCUUUGCUUUCAUUGUGAUGCACCCAACAGUUUUACUAUGGAAGCAAUCACCUUUUUUGCAUAAUUUCCUUUGAAGCCAAUCUGGCACACUAAGACCCUAUAUAAUGGAGGUUUCCUUGAAAACCAUCUACGUUCACCAUGAGUGACAUGGUCAUUUCAGAUAUGGGAUGGGUACAACAUGAGUGAGACUGAAAGUUCUCUUCCUUCCCACAUAAAAAAAAA